CUUCGAAUGUGCUGUAUUCUUGAAAUGGCUUUCCACACGACCACAGAACCUCGUGGUCGUCCGUGAAACAAAAAGUAAAACGAAAGGGGGAAUAUAAUAAUAACCCUGCCUGCUGCCAAGAAAAUAGAGACCACUUCUGCAGUCACGAAGGUCGGAACGAGGUCAACCCGCGGCUUUUAUUCAUCCUGUUGUUUUGGCAUCUGAAAAAAGAAGAAGAAAAAAAGCCAUUUGAAAAAUCGAAGGCUUGUACCUCGUCGUCGAAUUCGUUUUUCUUUUUUUGUUGUCAGAAAUCCCCUCGUGUCUGCCCGUCACUAUCUCGUGUGUUCUAUAUUGAGAAAAGCAUGCGGGAUUUGUCUGCACGUUAAGAAAGAGAUACGAAGCAAAUAGCUUGAAGGGCACACAUGUGUUCAUGAAUGAACGCCAUGAAACGAAAUGAUGAUGAUAAUAUGGCGUCAAAAAACUUCAAACCCAAAGUAUUUCCGUAGCUACCGGGAUGCCUUCGUUUCGCCCACGUUUUCCUUCCAUUAUUCUGAAACUUUGUGUUUCACAAUUCCAGGAAGAUGAUUGUCUUGAUUAUCUUUUCAUCUCGCAAGAAACAUCCAGCACUUAUUGGCUCCUGGUCCUUUUAUUAUGGCGGUCGGUUCCUGUAAAGUGUGCAACCAUAGGCAAAGGUUUUUGAUGAUGAUGACGGUGAAGUGGCGUCUUCCGACGCCAUAUAAUACCCGCCGUGUGUGCCUGGUGAAUUGAGAAAAUCAAACGAGAAGAAAAGAAGAAAAUAACAAUAACAACAGACGUCUGGACUGGCUAAAUGGCAACGCAAAGGGAGAAGGAGGAGCUGGAGCGGAAGUGGCGGUGCCCUCGCUCAUUUUCUGGCGCAAUUAGCUGUUGAAAUUACCCGAGCCAAGGAUACACACACUCACUGGGCACAGCAGCAAACAAACCCUUAACCACUACACCCUUCAGGCAAAAGUCCAGCAGAGUUGCACGUCUUCCUACGUUGUGCAGGUAUAGAGGAACAAGAAGGUGUUAAUGAUGACUUUACCUUUGCCCAACUCGCAUAACCAACAAGGAGCUUCUGAAUGGUACAACAACAGCAUAUGUUUGUAGCUGGGGCUAAUUACGUUUACAAGACAUUUCGAUGACUUGGCGUAGCCCUCCCAUCCUCCCACCUUCAAAAAUAUGGCCCAGCAUAAGAGACAGGUGACCGCAAGAGAAGCGUCCGGCGUCUACUGGAGUCACCUUGGGAGAUCACGUCCUGUCCAUUUUAUUUUUUGUACGAAACAAAAAAUAAUAAUAACCGGCCGUUUUUUAAUGAAGGCUCAUCACGCCAUCAAAAUUUACGCACAGGUGAACGAGGGGGGAAGACAACGGACGACAAUGGCAAUAGCAAAAAGAAAAAAAGAGGUUUCUUAUUUCUGACCACCUCCAGCAUUGCCGGUUGUCAGGAUUUUGGAAUAAAGUACACGUCCAGAUCUGUGGAAAAACAUGGAAGAGAAAAGGAGGAGGAGUUGUUGAGAAGAAAGUCUGUGAGUACGUAGAAGAGGAGGAUGCGAUCAUCAGGUGAACGACUUGGAACUUCCGCCCGCUGUAACGUCCGCGGGAUAAGUAGCCUAGUAGCAAACAACAGCAGGAGCAGCGAGUAAAGAUAAGAAGAACACCAAGGGAAGGGAAUAAUCAUAAAAAGACACACACGUUCCCUUUAGGUACAUCAUGGAGUUGACCUUUCGGUCACGCCGGUGUAAACCCACUGUAGUACCGGAGGUCACACACACACACACACACAUAGUAUAAUAUUCUCUGUGUGUGUAGUUGUGCUGACUACCAACGCCGCAACCACUGGUGCAUCAUCAUCAUUGGAUGCCUACGUCAGUAUUAGCGUGUGUACUUCCAGCUGGUUUCCUGCACCUCUUUAAAAAAAAAAAAAAAAAAAAAAAAAAAGAAAGAAAAUUUUCAAACCACAGAGCGCCAGCCGCACAGCCUGAGAUUUCCCAUCGUGUGUCCGGAUGAGGUCCCGCCCCUCUCUAUACAGCUCCAAGGCUGCAAAAAAGGCUGGAAACUAGAGGCUUCUCCAUAGGCGCCGGAUCAUCUGUGCUGCUCUACACACACAACAAGGGUCACACGGAUGCGAAAACACGAAUAAAACCUCAUCCAGCCAGUUACUUCUACAGUCCAUCCCACGUGGUACAAUUUUAGACGAAAAAAAAAUAAAAAAAGGGAGGAAGAAAAAAGAAAGGGUCAUCCGGGUCAAUGGAGCCCGAAACGCAGCGUGCGCGCCCGGCCCAAACGGGCCAACUACCUUUUAAACUGGCAAGUUCAAAAGUUCGCGCGCGCUCUUUCUAGACCAUCUCUCGCCCUCCUCUUCUCAGCCACCGUAUCCACAGGGGGUUGGCCCUAAGAGCGUAUAGUACGACUACUACAUUUAUAUAAUAUACUGUCACUUUUUUCUUUUCUUUUUUAGACGUUCCUCUGUAUGUGUCUGUGUGUUGUUUUUUUUUUCCCGCAACCUAUUACCCAUAGCAUUCGCCAUCCGGAACGCGAUUGAAAUGCCACACACGCAUCAGACCUACUUAACGAAAAACAGGGACAUAUUUAUUUAUUUUCACAUCCCACCACACGACGAAGGAAGGAAAUGACGGUCGAAUCAAGUUGGCCGAAUUUCAGUUUUUGGCUGAUUGAAAUUAGGAAGCUAACGGAUGGAUGGAGGGGAAGAAACGGAUGUCGUUGACGUCGAUCGAGAUGGAAGAGGUGUUGCCCCUUCUUUUCGAUCGGCGUUCGAGAAAAGAGAAGAAGGAAAAGUCAUGGGAGAACUCCCGGCGCCAGUGGGAGAGAUGGGAGGAGCUAGGACGCUAACGACGUCCAAUGGGGGCCGAGCCAGAGAUCAAAGGGGGAUGGCCGGAGGGCGCCCGGGGGGCCGCGGCCUCUGGCACGGCGCGCACCAAUAGACACACACAUACACACUCACACACCGAGAAGGAUGGGGCAGCUUGGAAAAGGUCCUUUUUCUUUUUAUUAUUUCCUUUUUCUUCUUCUUCUUUAAAGAGCCCGCGCACACGUUACCAUAACGACAGCCCCAAAAGGCCACCACCUCCUUGUCCCCACCCUCUUUUUUUUUUCUUUUUAGGUUUGCCUUUUCUGCCUGCAGUGUGUGUGUGUGUGUGUGUGUGGGUCUGGCUAAAGGAUGGCUGCGCUAUGAACCCGAGAGACGGUAUCACGGGGCCAGUUGAACGCUGCCGGCCGAACGGCCUCAACGUGUGCCCUCUGCCGCUCCGAUACUCCUGACCUUUGAACCAUCACACACCACUUCACACUCUGCGCCCAUCGCUUUUGACUUUCUUCUCCGUGUGAUACUUGGAACGCUGCAACAUUUUUUGUUCUCUUUUUUUUUAUUUCGCAAAACCAACCGACGACUUGGUUUAAAUUUCUUUUGUUUUUUUUUGUUUUGAUUCGACCUCGACCAUUUCUGGCAAACUACGGGUGUCUGUUCGCAAAGUUUGUGUCCGUGUCGCGUGCGGAAAGAACCGUCCUUUUAUUUGGAAUAACUCACAAUCAAGUGUACCGUGAUGGAUCGUCAAUUGUGUCGCUCAGUGUCCCUUUCCAAUUGAAUACAAGAAAAUCAGAGCAAGUGAAAACCAAGGACGCCGUGUGUGUGUGUGUUUUGAAACGGAUCAUCUACUCGUGUCUGCACACACAGGACUAAAUAGUGUCGAAAUUAUUGCAAAAGGAAAAGGGGAGAAAAAAAGAAAUACGAGUGUCUGUGUGAGUGUCUUGUGUGCGUCGCUUAGUGAAAAGAAUCCAAACCCCCGAAGAAGAAGAAAUCAAAAAAGAAUUCCGGAAAGAAGAUAGCGGCUUCAUCAUAGCGUCGUUUCCGCUCUCGCUUUCGGGUCCGGCCAUGUCGCUGAUGGGGACCAUGCCAUCCGGGGUGCUGCUGGGCGGCGGUGGAGUCGUCGGCCACGGUCCCGGCGGAUGGAGAGACGUUGGCUUGACGAGCGUCGUCGACGAUCCCAUCGGCCCUGUCGUCGGAUCGGCGUCCCUGGGCGGAUUAGGCGGACUGGCCAUGACUCCGCACCACCAACAGCAACAACAACAGCAGCAACAACUUCAACAGCAGCAGCAGCAGCAGCAUCAUCAACCGCCGCCGCAGAUCUCGACGCCCGGAUCUCAGGCCUCUUCCGGCGCAUCCUCGUCCGCCUCCAAUAACGGCAAAGACGCACCCAACGUCGAGUGCGUCGUCUGCGGCGACAAGUCAUCCGGCAAACACUACGGACAAUUCACCUGCGAAGGAUGCAAAAGUUUCUUCAAGAGGAGCGUGCGGCGGAAUUUGAGCUACUCGUGCCGGGGCAACCGCAACUGCCCGGUGGACCAGCACCAUCGCAACCAGUGCCAGUACUGCCGUCUGAAGAAGUGCCUCAAGAUGGGCAUGAGGCGAGAAGCUGUCCAGCGAGGCCGAGUUCCACCUUCGCAGCAUCCGGGUUUCCCUGGCCAGUUGUCGUUGGCCAACGGCAUCGGCGGCGGGGGAGGCGGCGGCAAUAUGGGCAUUGGCGGCGGGGGUGUCGGUGGACUGGGCGUCGGUAACGACGGCGGCCUCAACGGCUCUCACGGCUACCUGUCCAGUUACAUUUCGCUGUUGCUGCGGGCGGAGCCGUACCCGACGUCCCGCUACGGCCAGUGCAUGCAACCGACCAACAACAUCAUGGGCAUCGAUAACAUUUGCGAACUUGCUGCCCGUCUCCUGUUCUCGGCCGUCGAAUGGGCCCGCAACAUCCCCUUUUUCCCCGAUCUCCAGGUGACGGACCAGGUGGCGCUGUUGCGCCUCGUUUGGAGCGAACUGUUUGUGUUGAACGCGUCGCAAUGUUCCAUGCCGUUGCAUGUGGCUCCGUUACUGGCCGCCGCCGGAUUGCACGCCAGUCCCAUGGCGGCUGACCGUGUCGUCGCCUUUAUGGAUCACAUCCGCAUCUUCCAGGAGCAAGUGGAGAAACUCAAAGCCCUUCACGUCGAUUCGGCUGAAUAUUCUUGUCUCAAAGCCAUCGUCCUCUUCACCACAGACGCUUGCGGAUUGUCGGAUGUUGGACACAUCGAGAGCCUGCAGGAGAAAUCUCAGUGCGCCCUGGAAGAGUACUGUCGUACGCAAUACGCUAAUCAACCAGUCCGUUUUGGCAAAUUGCUUUUGAGGCUGCCAUCUUUACGUACAGUGUCGUCGCAAGUCAUCGAGCAACUCUUCUUCGUCCGGCUGGUCGGCAAAACGCCCAUCGAGACACUCAUCCGCGACAUGCUCUUAUCCGGUUCCAGUUUCAAUUGGCCCUACAUGCCAUCUAUGUAAAACAACAUUUUAUUAAUAUUUUAUUUGAUUUUUAUUUGUUCUAUUUUUCGGAUUUUUGUUUUGUUUUUGUUCCGCUGGUGAAAUUUAAAUGUUGUUUUUCUAUGCCGUGUUUUGCACAGGAAAACGAUUUCUCUUUCUCUCGCUUUUUUUUCAUCUUCUUUUCAAAUGACAUUCGAUAUUAGUGUAUAGUGUUAUAUAUAUAUAUAUAUAUAUAUUAUAUAUAUACUGCCAUCUUCCCCCUAUAUACCCCCACACGCCACCACCAAACCUCGUGUGUGUUUUGAGAUAUACAAAAAAAUAGUCGCCCUAUUAUGUUUAGGCUGGUGGAGGGGGAGGAAGGCAGAACUUAUCUUCGGAAACUGCUACUUAAAUACCGUACUAUAUAUUAUAUUUGAUAGAGGAGAUUAAAAGGUAUCUAACAAUUCUUCUUUUCUAUAAUAGACACAUCCGGUCAUGAUCUGCAACAAUGAAUAAGACGCAUUUUGAAAA